AGAUUAUAAUAUAACUGUACUUCCGCUUCUCUACCGAUAGCAUGGGUAUUGGAGUUCUAUGAGGCUCUAUGAAGACUACAACUACCAGUCUAUUUCCGUAUUCCUGUGACUGAGCAGUGUAACGCUAACAAGGAAGAUGGCAAUUCCGGAAUGGCGCUUAUCCUUAAAGCUCAUGGAUCACCCGUCCCUUCCUAAGACGGUGUUGCAUUUCCCUGAGACCGAGCCUGGCGAUGUAACCCCUGGGGGUUACCGAGUUGCCACUUUGAAACAGCUGGUUGCGGCCCAGUUACCCGAUUCGGUGCCAGACCCAGACUUUAUAGAACUGGUGUACUGUGGUCGUAAGCUGAAGGACGACCUGACUCUAGACUCCUACGGCAUCCAGCCAGGUUCCACUGUUCACAUCUUAAAGAAGUACUGGCCAGAACCAGAGGUCAAGCCAGAGCCAGUUGACCGGACAACUGCAGCCAGGGAGUUCCGUGUGCUGCAGGCUGCCCUUCACACCAGCACGGCUUACAGAGACUCGGUAUUCAAGAUGCUGAACAAUAAGGAGUCUUUGGACCAGAUAAUAGUGGCCACACCAGGACUGAGCAGUGACCCAGUAGCAUUAGGUGUACUCCAAGACAAAGAUCUUUUUGUUCAUUUUACAGACCCCAACAUGCUGGAUAUGUUGAUAAGCUCUCACCCGGCUCUGGUCAAUGCUAUCGUCCUGGUCCUGCACUCAGUCGCUGGCAGCGUACCCACCCAGCAAAGCGCCAGCUCCUCUCGUAACGUUUCCUCCAGCUCCUAUAGCGACAUGCCAGGUGGUUUCCUUUUCGAGGGCAUGUCUGAUGACGAGGAGGAUUUCCAGUCGGGGAACCGCGCUGGGCCAUCCUCCGGUGCUGGGGGUACAGCGGGGACACGGCCAGCCACCCUGGGCUACAGCGGUGCCGUGGGACCACGCCCAAUCACUCAGAGUGAGCUGGCCACUGCCCUCGCCCUAGCCAGCACUCCCGAGAGCAGCGCUGUCACUCCAACGACAGGAAACCAGUUGUUGGAAGUGCAGAACAGGUUUACAUCCCCCCAUGUUCUGGUUCUCAUGUCCGGUGUCCGGUGUCCUGUGUCUGGCAGGGGGCCUCCUCAGGGGUGUCCCCUGUGCCUGCGGGGACACCCAUCACCAACGAUAUCUUCAACCAGGCCCUACAGCAGGCCCUGCAGGUGUCCAGCAUGUCCUCAUUACAGACCCAGUGGCAGUCUCAGCUGCAGCAGCUACGGGACAUGGGCAUUCGAGACGAAGAGCUGAUCCUGCGGGCGCUGCAGGCCACAGGUGGAGACAUCCAGGCAGCGCUGGAGCUCAUCUUUGCUGGGGGUGCGCCUUAGGCAGAAGGGUAUUCUGGGAUGCGGGAGGUCCAAAGGCUUAUUCUGUAUGUUGUACUGGACACUUGAAACAGCAGUGAUUUGUUUGAUCCUAAACCUAGCAACAAUGGUUCCAGUGCUCCCCUCCCAACAAGAACUGAACUUCAGGAGCCCUCUGAAAAUUGCUCAGUCUCUGAAGAAACAAAAAAACGUGAUGUGUCCAUUUUUUUUUUUUUACUUUUGUUUCUAUGUACAAAAAAUAAACAGUAAUGAAUAAACUUGGAAAAUAGACAUGA